UCAAAUCUUCAAUAAAUAAUUUUCCAGUUUCGAGUUUCGAAUAUUUUCGAAUUAUUUUCAAUUAUAUUUCGUUCAUUCGUAGAUGUCCCGAUGUUAAUCGAACGAGACGCCGGAAUAUGCAAAAGGCAACGUUCAGAAAUUUGUUACUUGAAAUCUCGAAGUCGUUUGUUACAAUUCCGAUCGAAAAAGAUCACCGAAUCCGUCAGGAACUUUCACUCGCUGGACCGUAUAAGGACAAUGCCUACUAUGCAACAAUACAAAAGAAUAUCGGAGAGAAUCUUUUCGAUGGAAUCGAUUCACAGAAGGCAGAGCUCGAUGUGCCGAAUAAAGAAAUCCUUCAAACGUAAUACGAUCCUGCGAAACAUCGAGAAACAGUUGACGAAAGACGGAAAAAUUGUGAAAGCCCAAUUUCAAAACGAAAUCGACGAGAUGAACGACAGGGAAGCUCGAUCGUACGCGCAGAUGAUAGCCAAUUACAACGAGGUCAUUUACGGAUCGAACUCAAGGCUCCAGAAGGACAACAUAAAUUCGAUGGGGAUGAUCAUCCAUAGAAGUCCGUUUAGUACAGCGUCCGUAGUUUUGUUAAAAUUGAAAACGAAACAGGACGAGAGCAAGAGGGAGAAGAUCUCCUCCGUUUGUUUGAACGGCUCUUGCUCGAACCACAGCAAUCUUGGCAAACUGAUCAAGGAUACGACCAAUUCCCGUUACUACUCUCAAUACAAUAACAACAUGAAUUCGAUGGGUAACGAGCUUCAAAGAUCAUUCUCGUACGCUGCUAUGAUAGAAAGGUACAGCAACGCGAUGAAAAUUGGGAAGGAUUAUUACGGUUGGAUCGGGAACUUGAUGUCCAAGCGAAACGUGUCCACGAACCUCGAGGAAAUUCCUAUUUCGAUCGAAGCCAAGAAACCCGACAAGCCCGAAUUGCCUAUAAUGGACGAGAAGACGAAGAUAAAGGACGAGCAGGAUCAAUGGUUGUCGAAGGUGGACGACGUGAUAAGGAACCUGAAACGAAUCACCGAGAAGACGGAUUCGUUGGACGAAUCCAAGUUGAAGAAGAAAGAGGUGACAACGCAGGUGAACGAGCGCGCCAAGUGGUUGGACAGGGUGAUGGACGCGCACAAGAAGAGCAUAGAGGAGAGGAAAUCGAUGGAGGAGAAAGAAUCGGUAAUAAUGGACGAGGCGAGUCACCAAGACGAGGCCUUGGAGAGCAAUAACACGUGGAAUACCGUGUUGACGAAGAAUUCGUCGAAGCAACCCCCGAGAUUCCCGUUCGACAAACCUCCUUCCUCCACCCCCAUAGUGGACUACAUCAAACGGGGGCCGGUCAGCUCGGGAAGCCCGACCAAUACGACGGGGAGCACGUCGAAAACGCCUUCCCAGACGCCUACAUCGGUCAUAACGGGGACGACGAAGGAGCCCCAAAUCGAACUGAGGAUGACGCCCUCGCAGAACGAGUCUGUCGUGUCCAUCAACGUCGACGAGCAGGCGGCAAAAACCGUGGGGAGCAGCGCCAAGGAGCAGCUCUCGGUUGUAAUAUUGUCGAAGAAGAACACCGCCGGCAAGAUGGAGAUGAGCAACGCGAGCCAGCAGAGCACGGAUUUCGGCUCGAUGCAAAUAUCUAUCAGCGAGGACACGAUCCCCGUCAAGCAGAUCGAAUUUUCCAUCAACGGGAAACCCGUUUCGGAAUUGAAGAGCAUCGUGGCGAGGGCGGACAAGCUUGACGUUUUCAGCUCGAUGGACAAAGUAGAGAUAAGAAUCCCGUCGAAAGAUCGGGCGAACGUGUUGAAGGAUCAAUCGAGAACGAUCACGGCGGCGUCGAAACCUGUGCUGAACCUGCAGAUAGCGGCGAAAUUUAACGACCCGAGGGUCCAGCAGCCGAGAGGCGCGGACAUAAAGAAGGACACCCCGUCACCGGUCUCGCCGGCCAACCCUUCCCCCCCUUGCCCCCCCGUCAAACCCCCCAGACCGCAGAACCUUUUCGACAGUAUUGACAUUAAGAAAGGCGGGACGAUGAAAGAGGAGGCGAGGAAGGACGAGUCUGCGAUAAAAGGAUUGGAAAACACGUUAGAUAUGAUGGAUGUUAAUAAGAGCGCGGGGAAUACCAGCACGCCGCCACCGACCCACCAACAAAUCGAAACGUUGUCCGUGCCCGGUAUCCAUGGUUCAGUACCAAAAGAAGAAAAUGUUUUAACCGUGAGAAAUAUUCCAUUAAAUUUAAAUCCUAACGAGGCUAUCUUUCAGAAAGGAUCCGUACCGCAAGAAAAUUGCCCCUCGCAACUCCCCCCCACGAUGAAUAAGGCGAAUUUGAGCAACAAAGCACAGCAAGAGAAUAAAAUCCCCUCAAGCGUCAUUCCCUGGUGGUCGUCCGAGGAUUCGUUCAAGAACAUCAAGAAGAAGGAUAAUAACCCGGGAAGCGGGAAGACCGCUGUCUCUUUGGAAGGUACAUUGCCGUUGGUGCAGACGGAUCAUGAGGAUCACGCGUUGCGAAAGGAGAAUAACAUGAGCAGCGACGUCGCGUCGAGGGACAAGCAGCACGAUACCAUCGAUUCGAAGAGAGUCGAUAAUCCGGGCGACGAUACGAGGAAACCAUCGUCCAUCGUCGAGACCGAGCCGAUAAUUAAUUAUCUCGAGGAGAGCGGCAAGAGGUGCGCGCCGAUCAAGCUGGAGGGUGCUAAGGCGUCGCCAAGGAAUGCCAAGAACAGCGGGAGAAUUGUAAAGAGGUCGAAGCUUCGAGUCAAGCACAAGGGUUAUCGUAGGAAAGCGCCUUUACCGGUGAAAAAAGAGUCGGAGGCCUCGAGUUCGAUGUGCUCGGUGUGCUCGCCCAAGAUCCUUAAAUACGUGCAAGUUGUCCCCCGGGAGGCGAAGGUGGAGAAGAAAUCCGAGACGAAAACGAGUUUGAUCGAACAGAGUCAGAAAACUGGCCACGAGGUGGAUAAAUUGAAGUUGAACGAAGAGAAGAAAACAGAGACGAAAAUCGUGAAGUCUAUAAUACUCGUGGGCGACGAUACCCACGUUGAAAAGGCAAAUGUACAGAAUUCAAACACGGUAUUCAAAAAGGAGAAAGCAUUAGGCAAAAGUAGCGCUAACAAAUCUGCUGAUGUUUCAGCAAAAUCAUCGUCGUCUGCAGGCAAAGUCGAUUAUGAUGGGAAGAAAGAAGGCCGCCAAGGGACGGAGGGAACAGCAACACCUAAGGACCAAGCGGACAAAUUGGUCAGCGAAGACCAGCGCAUUAAAGAGAUCCUGAAGUCCAUGAAACCGAUAGAGAAGAGGAAGGACGGCACGUUGAUUGAUUACGGGGUGACAGUGCCGUCGAGGAAGCCGAACGCAACGGGUGCCAAAACCGACCUGUUGUCGAAACAAUCGGUCUCAUCCUCGGAGAAGAUCAUCGAACCAACGAAAAUUUUUUCCACCAAGAAGCAGGCACCGACAUUGGUGGAAUCGAGGAAUUUAGGGGAGCAGCUGAAAAUCGUGGAGGCGGAAAGGACACAUCCGGUAAAGAAAAUAACGAAAUUAGACGAUUCUAAAAUUGAAAUAAAAAAACCUGAAUUAAAGGUGGAAGCUGAGCAGGCAACGAAGCAAAAUAAGGAAAAAGAAUCAUUGGUUAAGAGAGAUGAUAAUUUUGAGGCACAAAAGAGUGCGAUCACCGCGAAUCUUCAUUCUAAUUUGAAACAAACAGGUAACAACCCUGUUAGGGAUCUGUUCGUGGAACCACAUCAAAAGAUAAGGAUAACGGGAUCAGCACCUUUGAAAGGGACACUUUCGGAUCACGGUUUAGAAAAUUUAAAAAAAAAUGCAACGAGCGUUGAACACCCAUUGUUGACCAAGAAAUCGGAGAACGUAUUCCCUGCAACUUCCAUCGCGUCAUCGUCCAAUCCGUCGGAGAAUAGCGAGAAAAAAGAGUCGAAGGAUAUUUUAAAAUUGAUAGACGAGAAGAAAAUGUCGAUAGGAUUGUUGAACGUGACCGCGUCUUCCCCUAAGAUCGAGAAUAAAACAACGGACAAGGUCGAUAUUUUCCCGUUAAUGGGGACCGUUAAUCCCGUUCGAGAGACGAAAUCAAGCACCGAAACGGUGAAAAGUGAUUCGCUUAUGAAAGAAUACGUGAUUCCAUUGAAAAAUAGUGGGAAUAAAACUGGCGCCGCUCCGUUGGAAGGCACUAUUCAACGUUCAACCGACAACUUUGCCAACGUGAACGAGAAGAAAGCGAACGAGGGAAAGAACGAUUUGCCCAAAAUGGACGUAUUGAAGAAACCUUCAGACGGGGGAGGGGGUAACACGGGAUCAAACCCUGUCCCCGUAGGGCCUUCUGGACUCGUGCAAUCGAGUAUAUAUACACCUACGACGUGUAAGCAAAAGAAUUGGGAUUACAAUAAACAUGACCAAGAAUACAUGAUGUAUAACGAAAUGAAGAGACCAGAAAAAGAUAUGCUGUAUUCAUCGUGGUUACAACGUUUUAAGGAUCGAUUUAACAAUAAAAUAAUUUAAACUUCGGUAUCAUUUAUCAAUUUCAAAAUUGUUCAUUCGCCAAAGUUUUCUAAAAAAAAAUCGUUUAGUCUCGAGGCCAUUUUUUUUUUUAGUCUGGAAAAAAAAAAGAGAAAAAAGUUUAAAACGAUAUUUGAUAUACAGUAUAUGUUUUCGCUUUUUAUUUUGUAUCUUGCUUGUAUUUUUGAGUUCAUAUUAUUUUGUAUUCGAUCGAAUAUAAACACUUAUAUCGAGAUAACGAGAUAUAUCACAUAUUUUAUUUGUGAUAUGCGCAACAUGAUAUUAUACUAUUGAAACACUGUAAAUGUAAAAGUAAAAUGAAAUUGAAAAUAUCAAAGAAACAUCUAUCAUCCCUAUUGCGUUAAUUUUCUUCAUUCUUCGAAAGAAAUGAGCGAAUCGUUUCAUCUCUCAAAAGAAAAAAAAAGAAAAAAAGAACUUAACACAUCACCUCUCUUGCUUGAUCAAAGAUAACCAUAAAAAAAAAAAAAAGAAGAAAAAGAAAGCAUCGAGAAUACCAUCGUAUAUUCCAUCGAUCACUUUUACCCGCCAGUCAGCUCGAGUCAGCUCGAAUGUCGUUCAACACGCGAGGAACAUAUGUGCUCGAUCUCGGUCCACGUGCAAUUUAACCGUAUGUAUUACUCGCUGUAAACAACUCCCUCGGAUGGUUAACGGAUAGUGACACGGCAUGAGUUUUCAAUGUUGAGUUGCGCAACAGCGAUCGCCUGUCCAUGAGCGUUUUACAAGAAAGAGAGAGAGAGAGAGUCGCAGGAUUGGGUAAUUAAAAUUCUCAUUAAAGGCAGCGGCGGCAUCUUGAAACGCAGCACGGACAAUGGGGGCCUGGAUCGAGGCCGCGGGCCCUAAGGGUAAAAUGGGGCCGUGGCCGGAGGAGUGGAGAAAGGGGAGGGUGAAGAGGGAGCGGGCCGGUGAGAGGCAGAAUGGAACGGAGCUAAUAGGCCAUGAAGAAAGAGGAAACCCGUGCCGAAGUCUCGUUUACAAUCGAGGUAUCUGGAGGAGCCGAAACGCGGACCUUCGGAUUGGGCUUGUUCUUCUGCACCUCAUAAAAUACCUGACGCGUUCGCGCACGUAUGUAGCGGAUGUUGUUUCGUGGAUUCGUGAUGUUUCUUCAACAGGUGUGUUUCGUCCAUCAUGAUUGUUCUGCCUGAAUCGAACCAGAAGAAUUGAAUCAUCAUUUUUAAGAAACGUUAUUUUCAACUUAUUUUCGAAAAGUCGAUUAAAAAUUAUCUUACAUAUACGUUUUCGAAUAAAUAAUAAUUAAUCCUUGACUCGAUACGAGUAAAUGGACGGUUGCUUCGCGAGAUCUUAAAAUUCUCGAAUUCCGUUGAAAGAAAGAAUGAUUACAAGGUAAACUACUCGCAAACUGCUCGAAACCAUGCGUUGCAAACGCGAUUCGUCCGCUUCUGAUCGCUCGAUACCGUUCAUCCCGAUAAUUGCAAAAUCUCUCUCAAAGUUUCCACUCGCGUAUUCCGCGAUCGAAUUCCGGCCUGGGGCACGAUUGGAACGAUUGGAAAGGCAGGGCCUGCAAUCAGUCGAGGGCCACGUACGUACGCGCGUUGUUUCGCGUUUGAUUAAAGCAGGGCGCGCACCAUUGCCAUUUCAAUCGGCGGCAAAUGUUGGAGAAUCGGCGCAUCGGGCGCGAUACCGGUCAUUAUUCGAAUCGGCCGCCCAAUUUUGGCCGUGCAACGCCACGAAUCGCGUUGGGUGGAGCAGCCAUCAUCAUCAUCGUCGAGGGCGCCGUUGGUCCGUGCCACGUCCUGAAACCCGUCAUUACACACGCGUUUACCGCGCGCAUAAUCCCGUUCUGGCAGGUUGCCAGUCAUUCGACGUAAUGCGGCCGGACAGGCCGAGGUUGAGCCCAAGCUUUAUCGAUGCUUACACACCCGUGUGCGCCCGAUUCAAACGGUGGUUUCGUGUCCAACGCGAUCCUCUCCUCUCCUCGACGAGGAUAGAGACGAGCAUUCCUCACCGUGUACGCGAAAUCGAAUCAAUUCUCCCUGCAGCUUCUUGAGUAGCUGUCACGAUAACGCGAGGGAUACGGGCCAAUGGAGAAGCAUUUUUAUCGUUCAUUGCGGUUGGAUCGGCCUGACUUGCGGUCGGAACAAUGAAGAUCGGCCAGAAAUCUAAACGCCAAGAUCUAAGAUCAAAUAAUUGUUAAUCUCAUCCGAAUGAAGAAUCAAUGGAAUCAAUCGAUAUAUAUAUUCAAACAUGAUAAAUUUUCACGAAGCAAAGUCUCAUUCAAGAUUCAAUACCCAAGAGACAAUAUUAAAAUCCCACAAGAGGAGAAUUAACACCUGCGGCAUGGAAUCGUUCUUCUUCUUCCAUUAUUCAAACGGUCCAAUCACGCGGGAUGCGCCGCCACUUAACAGUAAUGACAAAGCUCGGUUAAUAACAAUGGCGAGUGCUCGCCAGUCGAGUCAUGCACGAGUAUAUUCACCUCUUGUCCGGUAUUCACAAAUGGAUCCCUGGAUUGCGAAACGUAUGGUUGGCCAUCAACAAUGAGGGGUCCAAAGUCACAGACGAUAAGGCGUGCCGAUUAUCGAGAGCAUCGUACAUUCAGGAAUGUAGAUGAGGUCCAGCCUCGUAUUCAUCACGGCCCUGAGCGUCCUUCUCCACUCCCUCUUUCCCCUCCUAUUCUCAUCCCUCCCCACCUCUCCUCUCGUAACGAAAACUGAAACCCAGCAGUUCAUCCCCGGCUCUGGGGGAACUGUUUUUUGAUUUAUCGUGGCGUUGCUCGUGGCCUGUUAUAAAUAUCCGGGAACAACUUUCCCCUCUUCCCUCCUCUCGGAGGAGGAGGUGCCCCGCUGACUUUUCCCGCACGCCCUUGAGCCCAUCCUCGAAAGGUAAAGCUUCCAGGUUCGCCUCGUAUUCAAAGAAUCGCGCCGCUAGAAAGGAAGAUCGAUCAUCCGACGUCGAGCUUUUUCGGGCGUGAGCAAGCGUUUGAAAUUCCUCGAAGAUCGUUCAAGUCGGUUGAGAAAUUGAGAUACUUGGAAUUUCAACGAAUGGGAACUGUCGUGAAAUGUUCACUCUUUUGGAAUUAUGAGAAAGAAUUGUUAAUCUUCAAUUCUCUUGAUCUUCUUUUUCUUCGCGAAUUUCAAUUAAACCCGUUAUCUCAAAAGGCGAUCAUUCUCACUCGCGGCAACUCGUUUCCUUUCUUUCAGACAAUUCAGGAACGUGGCCACGGUACAUGCUCGUUAAUUUAUUUCAGGUAAAAAAAAAACCGUCAGUCUCGUUUCACGUGUCGAUGCCGUUCCCUUCGAUUAUUUUAGUUGGAGAGAGGAAACCGCACGGUUUCCACGCGAGAGAAUCCGCGCGCACGAGAUUCAGAGAGCUCGAGUUGCAAGGUCGACAAGGCCCCCCCACCGCAGACUCGAUUCUGCGCUUCCAACCAUUCUUUGUUUGUUUUAAUUAUGCACCGUGCCACCUCGUCAGCUUGGCUUUUGUUUUAUUCAAUUUUCAUCCUUUGUCGACCCUUUCCUUGUGUCCUCUCGUAUCUUCCAAGUUUCAUCGAUCGAAAUUUAUCAUUUCUGACGUUCUCUUUCGCAUUCUUUUUCUUUUUCCAUCUAAUCCGUCAAUCGGAAUCCGGUAGCGCAUCGUUUUCCCGUGAAGAAAACGUCUCCAGACACGCGUCGUUCCAUAAAUUAUUAACGAGGAUAUCGAUACUCAGCCUUGAAGAAUCGUCAGGGACUUUCCUUAUUACCACGUGUAUGUUGCCGAUUUAAUAAAUUGGAUCUGACGUUCCUCGAAUAUUUAUCUCGAUUAUUCUCGUUGCAACGAAUUGCGAAAUAAAAUUCUUCGAAGACAGUAAUAAUAUAUAUAUAAUAAAGUAAUUUCUACUUACAAUAAGACUUAAGAAGAAAUAAAAAAUAAAAAAGAAAAAAGAUUCCCCUCGAACUUACUUCGAUCUAUCUUCUUCGAUCCACACGUACACACUUCUAACCAAUCAUUUUAAGAAAAAAAUUCCAGAAGAAACAAAGCGAAAAAAAGAAUAAGAUUUUCAAGCGAAGCUUAUUACGUCGUUCGGUUUCCAGGAAUCAUUGGCAAGAAACAGGCGGCGAGAUCCAUAUGCCGUGUAUCGAGAAAGCAAUGCGACAAAUAAUAUAAUACCUCGCCAAUAUUUGCACGUACUGUGCAAACAGCACGAAGCAGGUCGUAUUCCACGAUCUUCCACGAGCUCGAACAACCGAUCGAUCACGCGUGCUUUUUACGAGGCCUUUAUUAAUCGAAGAUUAUAAUCCUGCUCGACGGUCUGGCGAGAUUUCUCCAAUCUCCCCCCCUCCCUCUCUCUCUUUCUUUUCUCCCCAACCCUUCCCCCUGCCUCCUCCGUAAUCCUCUCCCAUUUCUGCGGCACGGGAUUAAUUAUUUUUCUUCUUCGUUCCGACUUGGAGACGAGUUCACGGUCGUCCCCGUCGAUCUUUCAACGAUACCUGCGCUCCCUCCACACGACCAAGUAAUCCCCCUCGGCAUUCUCGAAACGCGAAUAUUCAGAGGAGGGACAUCUCGUUCCGUGUUAUUUCGCGGUCCACCGGAGGUAAAUCCCCCGCCCGUGUAUUUCCGUGUAUCCUCCUCACGAGAAUUUAAUCCGAUUGAACGGAUACGGAGGAGGAGGAGGGGGAAGGUAUGCGACGGGGAAGGUGAAAUAAAAAUGGCACGAUCGCGAAGGGAGAGGAGGGAUAAUGUCUCGCGAAAUCGCGAGACUCCGGGAUAUAAUCCUCUUACGAGGACGUCGAUGUCCGUGCCGGAUCUUCCCCCCUUCUUUUCUUCUUUUUUUUUUCUAUCUCCCUUUUUUAAGACGGAAAAUUAUAGAAACAUCAAAUCGCCGUAACCGUUGAUCGCUAUCUAUGGAACGAGCUUAAUCCAGAAGGGAGGGAGUCGUGUUCGUUCUUUAAUGGGUUGGUCCGCUUGUUGUUAAGAUGAAAUUGUUAUCGGGCAAAGGGAAACGGGAAAGUUGCGCGGAUUUAAUGGCCGAUGUUUGCGUGGAACCGAUUAUUCACGGGGGUUUUAAUGAUCGCGCGCCGCGGCUGGGAUUGUUUGGCCGCCGCUUUGGUCGGGCGAAAGCGGAUGAUAAUUCAAGCAAUAAACGGGGGGAGGGGAGAGAUGUGCCGUGGUGGAAUGCCGCGAACUAUAGAAUUAUGCGCGUUCAGAGCGCAUUAAAAAGAAUUUGAUCCGGAUGGAACGAAUUUUAUUGAAGGAUGAAAGAUGUAAAAGUUUAAUUUUUGUUUAUAAAUAACGGGAUAUAACAUAGGAAUUCUUUUUAUUCG